AAUUUAUGGCAUCUUUUGGGAAGUCUUCACCUUGACGUGGAGGCUUGUAAGGGCAAGAAAUAUUGCAACAAGUAGUUCCUAUAGGUGCUCAGAUUUGUCAUCUUCAUGGGAUUUACUGCACCUUCCUAUCGCUGUAAACUAUUUUUUUUUGGAUGCUGAAAGUACGUUUGCGGUUGGUCAUCCAUAUUAAACUACUUCUGGGAAGGCAAAAAAAAAAAAAAAAAAGGCCACAAGAUUUUUCCACAGCAGGCUGUCAUCCUGUAAAUAUUUCCCAGCUUAAAAAAAAAGUGGACACUCAAUUGUUUUGCCUGCUUAUCUCCUCAGGACAGUAUCCUGCUUCUUUUUUUUUUUUUUUUUUUUUGAAGGCAGGGCUUUGGGUGACACACAGCUUCCUUCUCUCAACCUUCCUCUGCAGCAGCAGCAGCAGCAGCAGUGGAGGAGGUGGUGGUGGCGGCGGUGACUUCACUUCCCAAAUUUAGUGAGGAAAGAAAAGAAAGAAGAAGAAGAAGAGGAAGAAAAAAAAAGAAAAAAAAAAGUGUGUCUUUCUCUGCGCCACACAUACCAGGACUGGGGUUGGAAUUAAUUCAGGAGCGUGUCAUGUUUGGGAUACCGUCGGAGUCCACUGAAAGUUGCGCGAAAUGGACGGGACUAUUAAGGAGGCGCUAUCAGUGGUGAGUGAAGACCAGUCCUUAUUCGAGCCCCCCUACGCCACUGCCGCCCCUCUCCCCAAGACAGACAUGACUGCAUCUGGCGCGCAGGACUACGGCCAGACUCACAAAAUCAACCCAUUACCCCCACAGCAGGAGUGGAUCAACCAACCAGUGCGGGUCAACGUCAAGAGAGAAUAUGAGCAUAUGAAUGGAUCCAGCAGGGAGUCUCCAGUGGACUGCAGUGUGGGUAAAUGCAAUAAGCUGGUGGGGAGCAACGAGACGUCUCAGAUGAACUACGGAAACUACAUGGACGAGAAGAACGUCCCUCCACCCAACAUGACCACCAAUGAGCGAAGAGUCAUCGUACCGGCCGAUCCUUCAUUGUGGUCCCAGGACCACGUGCGCCAGUGGCUGGAGUGGGCCAUCAAGGAGUACGGCCUGUUGGAAAUCGACACGUCCGUGUUUCAGAACACAGACGGCAAGGACUUGUGCAAGAUGAGCAAGGACGACUUCCUUCGGCUCACCACCAUGUACAACGCCGAGGUUCUUCUCUCUCAUCUCAAUUACCUCAGGGAAAGUAGUUCAUCAUUAUCCUAUAACACAACAUCUCACACGGACCCAUCACCACGCCUGCCUGCCAAAGAAGACCCAACGUAUGACGCUGUACGGCGGACGGGAUGGUCAAACAACAUGCACAGUGCCAAAGGCUCACCGGUGGUGACUCAGAAUGUGACCAAGACCGCAGAGCAGCCCAGAGUCCAGCCAGAUCCUUACCAGAUACUUGGUCCAACCAGUAGUCGCCUUUCCAAUCCAGGUUCAGGGCAGAUCCAGCUUUGGCAGUUCCUCCUGGAGCUCCUUUCCGACAGCGCAAACGCCGGCUGCAUCACCUGGGAAGGCACCAACGGCGAGUUCAAGAUGACGGACCCGGACGAGGUGGCGCGGCGCUGGGGCGAGCGCAAGAGCAAGCCCAACAUGAACUACGACAAACUGAGCCGGGCGCUGCGCUACUACUACGACAAGAACAUCAUGACCAAGGUGCACGGCAAGCGCUACGCCUACAAGUUUGACUUCCACGGCAUCGCUCAGGCGCUGCAGCCGCACCCCACCGAGUCGUCUAUGUACAAGUACCCCUCGGACCUUGCCUACGUGCCUUCUUACCACACCCACCAGCAGAAGGUCAACUUUGUGUCACCUCACCCGCCGUCCAUGCCGGUCACUUCCUCCAACUUCUUCGGACCCACCGCCCCUUACUGGAGCUCGCCCACCGCUGGCAUCUACCCCAACCCCAACGUCCCCCGCCACCCAAACGCCCAUGUGCCCUCCCACCUGGGCAGUUACUAUUAGACACCGCUAUCUAACCACCCACUAGCCAAGCCCACCAUUGCUGAAGGCAAUGAGGAAGGAUGAUUAUUUUAUAUUUUUGAAGAAUAACUGGAUGCUACGGUCCAGAAAUGGAAUACUACUUACCUUUAGAAGACUUGAUGUUUUGGACAUGUAUCUUCCACAUCCUCCUGAAAGCUAUCCAAGUAUUCCCGGGCCAAAGUUUAAGGACAGAAGAGCAGAAUCAGAAUCCUUCUGCCAACUCCGCUCACAACCAGACAUGACCCUUUAUUUACGGGUCUCAAUCUACAUCCUCCGGAGUACUUUAUGCUUCAAAGCAUCUGCUCUUUCCACCAUCUACAACCUGCUCGGGGUUUGAUAUUCCCACCACAUCUACAGCAAGUCUUUGUGCGUCCCUCCCCCCCACCCUGCACUCCAUCUGUAGGAUUUUGCGUGUGUGUCGAGAGAGUCUUUUAGGAAUUCGCUGGAAAAAAAAAAAAAAAAGAAGCCCUCACACACUGAAGACCUUUCUCGGCACUGAAUGAAAGUUGGCAACUGGAAUAUGCCAUUCACAAUUUAAUUUAUCCUCCAAACUGGAAGGCAAGAGAGAAGGAGUCGAAUCGCAGAGAAGGAAGCGCUGUAUGUCUGCUGAACUGUUAACUGUCAAAACGCUCCCAGCGCUGUGGGGUCCACACGACGGGCGACGUGUGCAGCUCCGUCGCGCUGAGGAAGCGGAGAGUUGACACGUAAAUCGCGAGUGGAGCCAGGCCGGUGCGCUGGGCUAUCAAACGUUUACCGCGUCGUCGCCGCCAAGCCAUGUUUUGUCUCUCGACCGUGUCAGUAUUAAUGUGAAUCGUUGUCCAGUCUGUGUGUCUAAUAGGAGGAUGCAAAAGUCAAAGGUUGUCAGAUUUUUUUAUCUUGAAAAAACAGCCAAAUAUAUUGUUUUUUUUCUUAAAAUUAUGAUAUAACUAGAAAAACACUUGGAGAACGCAAACCUCCACCAGGAUCUACUGUACCGCCUGUUAGUAUAAAAACUCCGGAAUCCAGAGAGUGAUCUGCAACACCCCCAAAAUGUAAUGUCAUCAAUUUUGUUUUGUUUUUUUACUUUAAAUAACGGAAUGGAAGAAACUGAGUGAACAUUCUUGUCAGUCGUCCACUGUCUAUGUCUCUGAGGGGGCACACACGCUUAAACAUAAGGAAACAUAGCAGAAAUGACAUAAAUCAGGCCUGAAAUCCAAUCAAUUGUUCAUUAUCUAAUUUCGGAAACUUCCAGAAAGUUUCAUCCGCUCAUAACAUUUUGAGUUAUUUUGCUAACUAGUGAAGUGAAGUGAAGUGAAUUAUAUUUAUAAAGCGCUUUUCUCUAGAGACUCAAAGCGCUUUACAUAGUGAAACCCAAUAUCUAAGUUACAUUUAAACCAGUGUUGGUGGCACUGGGAGCAGGUGGGUAAAGUGUCUUGCCCAAGGACACAACGGCAGUGACUAGGAUGGCGGAAGCGGGGAUCGAACCUGCAACCCUCAAGUUGCUGGCACGGCUGCUCAACCAACCGAGCUAUACUGACAGACAGACAAUUAUAUAAACUCCUGCCGGAGGAACAAAUCCCUAUUCCUGGUGUCAUUAGAUAGAGUCCUAGUCAAGAAUGUCCACAGUCCGUCCCGAUUCAGCUUUUAUUCGACCACAAUAUAUUCUAAAAAUGGAUCUUAUGAAGUUUUUUUUAAGGAUUUUUUUCUCUAAAUAUAACAUAACUAGGGCAGCACGGUGGAAGAGGGGUUAGUGCGUCUGCCUCACAAUACGAAGGUCCUGAGUAGUCCUGGGUUCCAUCCCGGGCUCGGGAUCUUUCUGUGUGGAGUUUGCAUGUUCUCCCCGUGACUGCGUGGGUUCCCUCCGGGUACUUCCUCCCACAUACAAAGACAUGCACCUGGGGAUAGGUUGAUUGGCAACACUAAAUUGGCCCUAGUGUGUGAAUGUUGUCUGUCUAUCUGUGUUGGCCCUGUGAUGAGGUGGCGACUUGUCCAGGGUGUACCCCGCCUUCCGCCCGAUUGAAGCUGAGAUAGGCUUCAGCGCCCCCCCGUGACCCCGAAUAAGUGGUAGAAAAUGGAUGGAUGGAUGGAUAACAUAACUAGAAAAGCACUCUACCAAGCCCUACUGUACCUAAUAGUAUAAAAACUCCGGAAUCCAGACCGUGAUUAGGAACACCCCCAAAUUGUUAUCACUUGUUCCUUAUCCCAUAUCUGAUAUUUCUUGAAAAUGUGAUCAAAAUGUGCGCAAAACUUUUUGAACUAUCUAUAACAAAAUGGAAGAAAGGAAGUGGACCUCAUUGUUUUUGCGGGUACACGCACACACACACACACACACGUAAACGUAAGGUAACGUCGUUGAAAUGAUACGGAUCAGGCCCAAAAUCGAAUCAAUAAAUUAAAAAAAAAAAGUUAAAGUACCAAUGAUUGUCACACACACACACUUGGUGUGGUUAAAUUAACCUCUGCAUUUGACCCAUCCCCUUGUUCACCCCCUGGGAGGUGAGGGGAGCAGUGAGCAGCAGCGGUGGCCGCGCCCGGGAAUCAUAUUGGUGAUUUAACCCCCAAUUCCAAUCCUUGAUGCUGAGUGCCAAGCAGGGAGGUAACGGGUCCCAUUUUUAUAGUCUUUGGUAUGACUCGGCCGGGGUUAGAACUCACGACCUACCGAUCUCAGGGCGGACACUCUAACCGCAAAGCCACUAAGCAGGUCUGUUCUUUUUCUCAUUUCGGAAACUUCCAGAAAGCUUCAUGAAAAUCUUUCCCAGAACCGUUUGAGUUAUUUUGCUAACUAACAAACAGACAAAACAAUUCCAUAAACUCCUGGAGGAGGUACAAAUGCCUUCUCCUGGUGUCAGGAGUGUCCAAAGUCUGUCCCGAGGUACAUUUGUGGAACACAGCUCAGCUUUUAUUCAGCCACGGCAUAUUCUCAACACGCAUCAUAAUAAUAUUUAUAAAUUGUUUGCUUUUUCCAGCUAUAAUACCUAUUUAAAUAGAUUUACGUACCGAGCAUACCCUCCUGAGAAUGAGUGCCCUCUGCAGUAAACAUUUGUUCUUGGUCUUUUUAUUUUGUCAGAGUCAUUUCGGUUUAUACAAAACACAAAUGUCCACUACAGGGGACACUUUUCAACUAAAUUGCCUUUAGCGCAUAAUCAAGUCAAGGAAAGCUGUCGAAUAUCAUUAACUGGCUUGAGCAUACUUACAUUUUUUCACCUGGUAAAAGUUUGGACACCUCUGGUCUCACGAGACUCAUUAACUAGCAUCCCUAACUUCUGUACAGUUAUUUGGUCUCUCUUGCUUGAUGAAAAAUCUGACAAUUUGUGAUAUUUUUGUAAUGACUGCCACCGCAUUAUCAUCUCCUUUUGGGGCUAGUCAGGAUCUUGUAGGUCACACUGAGAAGUGUCUUUCUCAAUAAGUUGCAUUUUACCAGGGCUGGAUCCUAGUUUGAGAGCAGCAUGUAUGCUUGAAUGUUAGUUUCUCACUGAUCUAUAGGCCAGAGACAAAAAAAAAAAAAAAAAAAAAUUCAAUAUAGGACCUCCUCAUGUCAUCGCAUCAUAUCAGAACAUUUUGGUCUUCAGGUGUUCAAGCAAAUGCCCUUGUAACACUUCAAAGUAAGUGACUUCGGGCUAAGUUUAUCAGAGAACAAAAGCAUUUAAAAAAAAAAAUAUGACGAGAUGAAACAAAGAAUUCCUCAGAUUCGCAAACGCUGUGCGUUUGUCAGACCUAUUUUUUAUUGUUUUAUAUGCAUCAGUCAGCUAGGCAUUAAAGCAACUUACUGUAUAAAUUAUGCAGAGUUAUUUUCAUAUGUGACACAGUAUUAAAAAAGAGACAAGAGAAUUAAUACGAGUUGACCUCGGUCAAAAAUGCAAACCUUUGAAGUCCAUUUCUGCUAAGUAGUUUGUUCGGCAUUUGAAGUGUUUUUAUAUUUGUACAUUUGGGCAGUACAUUUUUUUUACUUUUUUUAAUUUUCUUUUUAUUGUUAGUACUUCUUCUGAGAUGAAUUGUGUACCAUCCUAAGUGCCUUUUGUGUGCACUAGCUAUUUUGUAAGUCUCCCCCAAAUCACAAGUGACUGCUUUUGCAUGCAAGAACCAGGGACUUUUUGACUCUGUAUGCAACAUGUGAUUACAAUGCUUCUUUUUAACCACCAAAUAGUCCUGGAAUCUGUGGAAAUUAAUAUUGUUACUUUAUGCAGAUAUUAACAUCCACCAGAUUCCUGCUGAAAUAAACCGAAAGGAAACCAAAAAAUGUCCACUCCAGCCUUAUCAUUAUUAUAUUUUUGACAAGCAAAAAAACAAUCAAAAGGGAUCUAUGCUACUUCUUAUAAGCAAUGUAUUUUGGAUAUCAAAUACAUAUAUAUAAAUAUAUAUGUUUGUGCGUGUGUAUAAUUUCACAAUUAACCAAUGCCUUAUUAUUAUUAUUAUUGUCAUUCCUGCAAUGUAUGAAGUCAUACCUUUUGAAAAAGGGCUUUUGUAUAGGAAAUUGUGACAAAUAAAUGUUUUUACCUCUCAA